UUGGUUCAAUCAUCAUCAAUCAUGUUUGCAUGUCCAUAAAAAACUUACAAUAAUUCAUAAAAAAAUUCAAAAGGCUCCAUUUGGUCGACGUUUCAUCCAUUCACCUCAACUAAAUAAUAGUCGAACUCAAUAAUGAAUUUAAAUGUGAAGUAAUGUCCAAGAAACCCAAUCGAUUUGAAUCUAAUCGUACUUGUGGAAACAAAUCGUGCUUAGAUAGACCAUGUAGAAGAGCUGCAGCUCCAACAACUGAGAUUAAAGUCCCUAUCAUCUGGGUAUUAGGAGGACCAGGUUCUGGCAAAGGAACCCAGUGCGAAAAGAUCGUUGCAAAGUAUGGAUUUACCCAUUUAUCAUCGGGAGAUCUCCUUCGUAAUGAGGUGAAAAGUGGCUCACCAAGGGGAAAAGAACUGAAUGAAAUAAUGGAAAAGGGUGAAUUAGUACCAAUGGAUGUCGUUUUGGAUCUAAUCAAAGAAGAAAUGAUGAAAGAAUUACCAAAUUCUAAAGGCUACUUGAUCGAUGGAUAUCCAAGGGAAAAAGAACAAGGUAUUGCCUUUGAGAAGAAAAUUGGUGCUGUCUCCGUAGUACUAUUCUUUGAUGCCCCAGAUAACGUCCUUGUAGAAAGACUAUUAGGAAGAGCAAAAACAUCAGGAAGGGUAGAUGACAAUGAAGAAACUAUCAAAAAGAGGCUCAACACUUUCAACACACACAAUGAUCAAGUGGUUCAACAAUAUACUGAAAAAUUGAAGAAGAUAAAUGCUGAAAGAGAUCCAGAAGCAAUUUUUGCUGAGGUGCAGACGUACUUGGACCCUUUAGUGAAAUGCUGAAUAUUUGAAAAAAAUAUUUGAACAUCGAAAUAGCAACUCAAUUAACACAAAUAUUAUUUUUCACCUCAUUCAAAUAAAAUAAUUCAUAUUCAUGAAAA